CAGUUAUGCGCGGUGAGCAGUUAUUUCCACGGGCUUUACAAGGCCGCGUAUUUUGUAGAUGGGGAAAGUCGGUGUUGUUCUGAAUCCCUCGGAGUCACACGACACCGGCGUGGUGUCGCGCCAGCUCUCAGCCGCAGACUUCGGAUGCAGAUCCCUUUCUUUCUGGGUCAGCCCUUGGACUUUCCUUCCAGAUGCUGGAGGAGUCUUGAGAAACAUCCCAAAGGCCAGGCUGCUGCUCGGAGACUCGGCUCCAGCCCACCCAGCGGAAGCCAACACACAAAUUCCUGGGCAUUAGGCCUCUCUGCGCACGCGCGAGCGCGUGAACGGGCGUGGCUUCGCCCUCAAGACCCGCCCAGCCGUCACGCACUUCCUCUUCCGACUGGAGGCGGCGCCGCGGGGCCGGCGGGAAGCCCCCGCAGGUACGUUCCACAAGCGGCGGGAAUGGCAAAUUUUGCCUGGCCGGUGCUGCGGCCCUGGAUUCGAGAGUUGAUCCUGGGCUCACAAACAGCCUCAAGCCCCCGACUUGGGCAUCUGCUGAAGGUACUUAGGGACUCAAAGGUGCCGGGCCCGUCCUCAGCCCCGGACUCCCCUGACACCGGAGCAAUACUGCUUGUGUCCGACGGGACCUACAGCGUCCAAUGUCUCAUGACGAGCGAGGCCCUGAACUCCAGAGAAUGGCAGGAGAGGGAGUUCGGAUUCUACGGGAAAGAGGGCCGGUUGUUGGUGUUGAAGGUUUAUGAGGUUCACAUCCAUGUCUCUGAGGGCAAUGAGCCUUCAGAGUUCUACCUCCAGGUGGACUGCUUCACCAUGCUGCCCGUAGAAGAACCCCUCGAAGAAGUGACAAAUUGCAACCAGGACUCAGUUGUACAGAAGAGGCUCUGUGACUGCCUUGAGGAUCACCUUUCAGAGUCCACCUCUUCCGACGCCGAUGCAGGCCUAACACUGUCCCAGCUUCUAGAUGAAGUCCAAAUGGAGCAGGAGCAUUGGGGGGCGCUAGUACGCCUGGCUGAGAGCUGCCUGAUGUUGAAAGGUCCUUGUACAGCGCCUCCCCGCACCUACUGGGCUGCCUCCCACUGCGAUGCAAAGGUAGAAGCCAAGUACACUGUUCCCGAUUCAUUGCUGCACAUCUCUGAGCAUGACCAACAAAUUCUGAGUUCAAGCAGGAGGGCACAACAAGGAGCCCCUGCCUCACCCAGCCUCGUGCCACUGGAGGAAAGUGGUACCAGCAUCAGUCUUUUGCCUGCCCUGCACUUGGCUACUCCAGACCUGGAGCAGGAGGACAGUUCCACAUCCCCACCAGCCAUCUGCUCAUCCCCUAAACUCUUAAGCCACAGCCCCCUAUGCCCUAGCUGUAUAUCCAAAUCUUGUACCCUCACUCUCUUACCCCUUGGCCAAUCCCCCAGUCGACAUCAGGACACUGUUACCAGAGCCCAGAAGCUGGAUUUCAAGGAAGUAGGGCUGACCCUCCAAAAUGGGCAGCCUCUUCCAACAACCACAGCCAAAGGUGCUCAGGAGCCCUGCUCUGUCUGGGAACCCCCAAAGAGACAUCGUGAUGGUUCUGCUUUCCAAUAUGAGUAUGAGCCACCCUGUGCCUCCGUGUGUGCCCAAGUCCAAGCUGCCAGGCUCCCUCCUCAGCUUGUGGCCUGGGCCUUGCAGUGUUUGAUGGAGCCACAGCCAGAGUCCAAAGUAACUCAGGUGUGAGAGCUCAUAUGGACACAUCAGGUGAAGUGUCCACAUAGGUGCACGCCCAGGUGUGGACAAACAGUGCUCCCUCCCCUCUAUUUCCUU